AUGGCAGCUGCUGUCACCGUUGUUGCUGUCUCCAUCAUUCUCUCCGGCACAGCCGUACCGCCGGUGGCGGCGGCUACCGUCGAGCACACGUUCGUGGUGAGCCAGGUGAAUAUGACGCACAUGUGCAACGAGAUUCCGGUCACUGUGGUGAACGGGCAGUUGCCGGGGCCGACCAUAGAGGUCACCGAGGGAGACACAGUGAUCGUGCACGUUGUCAACAAGUCGCCCUACAACCUCACAAUCCAUUGGGGAAUGGUGGGAGAAGGACCUUGCAGCGGUGGACAGAAUUUUUCGAGAGGUCUAUACGACGAAUUCUCCAGUGGGUCCACAAUCAACGGCAAGCUUGGAGAUCUCUUCAACUGCUCCGGCGUCUUCGAAGAUGGGUACGUGCUGGACGUGGAGCCCGGCAAGACGUACCUGCUGCGAAUAAUCAACGCAGCGCUCUUCUCCGAGUACUUCAUCAAGAUCGCCGGGCACAAGUUCACGGUGGUCGCCGCUGACGCCAAUUACGUCACGCCCUACACCACGGACGUCAUCGUGAUCGCGCCGGGCGAGACGAUGGACGCCCUGGUCGUCGCCGACGCGGCACCGGGCAGGUACUACAUCGCCGCCCAGCCGAUCCAGGCGCCUCCGCCGGACACGCAGACACCAGAGUUCGCCACCCGAGGGACGUUGCAGUAUACCGGCGGGGUCACCAACUCGAGCCGCGCUGACGUCGUGGCGCCGGAGAUGCCGCACGAGCACGACACCAUCAAGUCCUUCUACUUCCACGGCAACCUGACGGGCCUCCGGCACCGGCAGCGCGCGGGUGCCGGCGCGCGCCGACGAGCGUCUCUACGUCACGCUCGGGCUGGGCUCCAUCUGCCGGCACGGCCGCAAGUCGUGCAAGAGAGGGACGAGCCGAAGAGCAACCAGGUGAUUGCAAACAUGAACAACGUCUCCUUCCACGACGCGACGGCGACGCCGAUCCUCGAGGCGCACUACUACCGCCGGGGCGGCAACGGCGUGGUGGGCACGGCGGGGCUCCCCGACCAUCCGCCGAGCGCGUUCAACUACACCGACCCGGCCCUGAUCCCGUUCGGGCCCGUGGAGAUGCGGCUGGAGCCGACGUCCAGGGCGACGGUAGUGCGGCGGUUCAGGCACGGCGACGUGGUGGACAUCGUGUUCCAGAGCACGGCCAUGCUGCAGGGCGACUCCAACCCGAUGCACCUCCAUGGACACGACAUGUUCGUCCUCGCGCAGGGGAUCGGCAACUAUGACGCGGCCACGGAUGAGGCCAAGUUCAACCUGGUGAACCCGGCGAGGAAGAACACCGUCCUCGUCCCCAAUCUUGGCUGGGCGGCCAUCAGAUUUGUCGCCGACAAUCCAGGUUAG